CUUUUUUCAUCGAAGAUCUCUUGGAGUCGAUUUUUGUCCGAUCCCAUGUGGCCUAUCGUGACCCUGGCACUGGCACUGCCACUGGCAGCUGCACGCACGCCGGAGGAGAUUGCGCAGAAUGCACGGUGGUUGGUGCACCAAACGACCUGGGGCUACUUGACCACGCUGGAUGCACACACCAAGGUGCCAGUGGGUGAUACUUUGUCCUUCUCAGAUGGAGCGUUGGACCAUUCCACCGGGCGGUUCUUCUUCUACGUUAUGGGCGACUACACCGCUGCGGCGCCGCAGGGCUUGCCCUGCGCCUUCACGCUGAGCCAGGCCUCGCUGAUGCACAACGCCACACUGGACCCUGAGGACCCGCGCUGUGCGAAGCUGACGGCCUCGGGCAUCCUUCGGAAGAGUGAAGGGGAGGACGUGCAAUUGGGAAAGGAGGCCUUGUUUGCCCGGCACCCUCAGAUGAAGCAUUGGCCAGCCAGCCAUCACUUCGCGGUGCAUGAGCUUCAGCUCUCGGAGGUUUGGAUGAUCGACAUGUACGGCGGCGGCGAGAACAUCUCCCUGGAUGUCUUCUGGGCUGCACAGCCGCGGCACACCACUCCUUGGGCUGCCAGCAGCAGGUCAUCCGUUUUGCAGCCUGGCAGCAAGCCACCUCCCUGGUCGCAGCUGGCAGACCGCGCGCGCUGGCUGGUGGCACACAGCGUGUGGGCAGCGCUGGGGACAAGUUCAGUGCGGCGGCCAGGAAUGGCUUGGGGGAACGUGCGUUCCGUGGCGGAUGGCGUCGGCACCAACAGCACAGGCCUCCCAAUGCUCUACGUUCCCACGCCGGACCCCUCCAGCGCCGAUCUCGCCGCUGACGCGCGCGCGGUGCUGACGAUGAGCGAAGCGGGUCUUCCUGCGCCGGGCAGCGGCAGCUGCGGAGAGACGGAGGAUCCGAUUUGCGCCCGCAUCACCCUCUCCGGUCGCCUGCGCGUGUUGAACGCCACCGAGCUGCUGGACGCCGAGGAACGGAUGAAAGUGAAGCAUCCCCUGGCGCCGUGGCUGGCGACCGGUGGCGCACACACCGGUGGACAGUACUUCACCAUCGAAUUGGAGAACAUCACCUUCCUGGACUUCUACGGUGGUCCUUCGAAUCUGACGGUGGCGCAGUAUUUGGCAGCCGCCGCUCCACAGGAGACUUGCAGCAGAAAUCGGCCGAUGCGUAGGUUUGGAACAGGUAUGGGUCAUAGCAUCUUGAAGCUCAUCCAAGAAAGGAUGAGCCACAUUGCCCGGAAACAGUGCAUUCCUUGUAUUGCUCUUUGUAUUGCCCUUUAUCGUCAGACGUAUCUCAGCAAAAUGCCUUUGUGAUACACAUUUCAGAUGGUGGUACCCUUGUAAGAUCUUGUAAGACCUUUAGGCCUGGCCUACGUGUCCUUUGGCUCCUCAUAGGCUUCUGUGAGUAUAGCCCUAAACUCGUGACGAGUGCUCUCAACUUUCCAAAGUAGAGAUGACUUUGAGGGGGCUCAUGUCACAAUCCAGUCCUGCAUGUUGAUGACAAGCUGGUGAUGCCACCAGGACUGCUAGGUCUUAGAGAUCAAAAAAGGACAGGCAGGCAAAAGCCAAUGGCAGGGGCAACAAUCCCAGUGACGAACUGGCACUCUGCAAACUCCUUGUGAUGCCACAAGUCACCCUGCCCAAGCCAGAUCGUUCACUCCAUGUGGAAGCUCUUUGUCCACCGAUCUUCAUGGAAGCAGUUUUGUUCCUCCAAACCACUGUGCUUUCGCGUUUUCUUCGUUCCCAUCGCGGUAGGUGGUGUCCAAGGAGAUCAUCGUAUGAGUGACAUGUGAUCCGUGUCCUGGGGAUCCACGGCGCGACUUGUGAAGACAGCCAUGAAAAGGGACAAAACUCUGAGUUGUAAACUGAGUUGUACAGCGGCUGUCACAUAGGAAGGGCAUUACCAUUGCUGGUUGGUGUUUGGCUUCUGGUUGAUCUUCUUGGGUGUGAUGUGGAUGUUGC